AUGGCCGCCGGCGACGUCUCCUUGGAGGAAAUCCGAAAUGAGCAAGUCGAUCUGGAAAGAAUACCGGUUGAGGAGGUUUUCAAGCAGCUGAAAUGCACGCGGGAAGGAUUGUCACAGGAGGAGGGAGAAAAGAGACUUCAAAUCUUCGGACCCAACAAGCUUGAGGAGAAGAAGGAGAGCAAGUUUCUCAAGUAUCUCGGAUUCAUGUGGAAUCCUCUGUCGUGGGUCAUGGAGUCCGCCGCCAUCAUGGCCAUUGUUUUGGCCAAUGGAGGGGGCGAGCCUCCGGACUGGCAAGACUUCUUGGGAAUUGUUGUGUUGCUAAUCAUCAACUCAACCAUCAGUUUCAUUGAAGAGAACAACGCAGGAAAUGCUGCUGCUGCUCUCAUGGCAGGUCUGGCUCCCAAAAGCAAGGUUUUGAGAGAUGGGAAAUGGAGCGAGCAGGAUGCAUCCAUCUUGGUCCCAGGGGACUUAAUCAGUGUCAAGCUGGGAGAUAUCAUCCCAGCAGAUGCCCGUCUGCUGGAAGGCGAUCCCCUUAAGAUCGACCAGUCUGCGCUCACUGGAGAAUCCCUGCCAGUAACAAAGAACCCCGGAGAUGAAGUGUUCUCUGGUUCCACCUGCAAGCAGGGUGAGAUUGAGGCCGUUGUCAUUGCAACCGGUGUCCACACCUUCUUUGGCAAGGCUGCUCACCUUGUUGAUAGCACCAACCAAGUUGGCCACUUCCAACAGGUCUUGACUGCCAUCGGUAACUUCUGCAUCUGCUCUAUUGCUGUUGGUAUGCUGAUCGAGGUUGUAGUGAUGUAUCCGGUCCAGCACAGGAACUACAGACAAGGCAUCGACAAUUUGUUGGUGCUUCUCAUCGGAGGCAUCCCAAUUGCCAUGCCAACUGUAUUGUCAGUGACAAUGGCCAUCGGGUCUCACCGACUGUCAGAACAAGGCGCCAUCACCAAGAGGAUGACUGCAAUCGAAGAGAUGGCGGGGAUGGAUGUCCUCUGCAGUGACAAGACGGGAACUCUCACCCUCAACAAGCUUACUGUUGACAAAGAUCUCAUUGAGGUGUUCCCAACAGACUUGGACAAGAACUCUGUUGUCCUGUAUGCUGCUAGGGCUUCCAGGGUUGAAAAUCAAGACGCCAUCGAUGCCUCAAUUGUCGGGAUGUUGGGUGAUCCUAAGGAGGCAAGAGCAGGGAUCACUGAGGUUCAUUUCCUACCCUUCAAUCCGGUGGAUAAGCGCACUGCAAUAACCUACCAUGAUUCUGAAGGCAACUGGCACAGGAGCAGCAAGGGUGCUCCUGAACAAAUCAUUGAACUUUGUGAUCUCAAAGGAGAUGUGAAGAAAAAAGCCCAUGACAUCAUCGACAGUUUUGCUAACCGUGGCCUUCGUUCUCUUGGUGUGGCACGACAGACCAUACCAGAGAAGAACAAGGAGAGCGCUGGGGGGCCAUGGGAAUUCAUCGGCCUCUUGCCCCUGUUUGACCCCCCAAGGCAUGACAGUGCAGAGACCAUCAGAAGGGCCCUUGACCUCGGUGUCAAUGUUAAGAUGAUCACUGGCGACCAACUUGCCAUUGGAAAAGAAACGGGUCGUAGGCUCGGAAUGGGCACCAACAUGUAUCCUUCAUCCUCCCUUCUUGGCCAGAGCAAGGAUGAGUCUAUUGCGGCCAUUCCCGUUGAUGAGCUUAUUGAGAAGGCUGAUGGCUUUGCAGGAGUCUUCCCUGAACAUAAAUAUGAGAUUGUUAAGAAGCUGCAAGAGAGAAAACACAUUUGUGGAAUGACGGGAGAUGGUGUGAAUGAUGCUCCAGCCCUGAAGAAGGCAGACAUCGGUAUUGCUGUGGCUGAUGCAACUGAUGCAGCCAGGAGCGCGUCUGACAUAGUUUUGACCGAGCCAGGACUUAGCGUGAUCGUGAGUGCUGUCUUGACAAGCAGAGCCAUCUUCCAGAGGAUGAAGAACUAUACCAUCUAUGCGGUUUCAAUCACAAUCCGUAUUGUGAUGGGAUUCAUGCUCAUUGCUCUUAUCUGGAAGUUUGACUUCUCCCCUUUCAUGGUACUCAUCAUUGCCGUCUUGAAUGAUGGAACCAUCAUGACCAUCUCCAAGGACAGGGUCAAGCCAUCUCCAGUGCCAGAUUCAUGGAAGCUCAAGGAAAUCUUUGCCACUGGCAUUGUCCUUGGAAGCUACCUUGCUCUUAUGACUGUGGUCUUCUUCUGGCUUGCAUCCGACACUGACUUCUUUUCAAAAACUUUCGGUGUUAAAUCACUCAAAGACCAGAAGGAUCAGCUCACUGCUGCACUGUACCUUCAAGUGAGUAUUGUGAGCCAAGCACUCAUCUUUGUAACCAGGUCGCGAAGCUGGUCUUUCAUUGAACGUCCCGGCCUCCUGCUCGUUGGUGCCUUUCUUGCAGCUCAGUUGGUUGCUACUGCAAUUGCUGUGUAUGCAAACUGGACAUUCGCUAAAAUUCAAGGCAUUGGAUGGGGAUGGGCUGGAGCCAUCUGGAUCUUCAGCAUUGUUACCUACUUCCCUCUAGAUGUCCUCAAGUUCAUGAUCCGCUAUGCAUUGAGUGGCAAGGCCUGGGAUAACAUGAUCCAGAAUAAGACUGCUUUCACAACCAAGAAGGAUUAUGGAAAAGGUGAGAGGGAAGCACAAUGGGCCACAGCUCAACGAACACUUCACGGUCUCCAGACUGCAGAAUCUCAAGGCAAGUCCCAUGAUAAAAGCAGCUUCGCUGAGUUGUCUGAGAUUGCCGAGCAAGCAAGGAGACGUGCUGAGGUGGCCAGGUUGAGAGAGCUUCACACGCUGAAGGGACAUGUUGAAUCAGUGGUCAAGCUGAAGGGACUGGACAUUGAUACCAUCCAGCAGCACUACACUGUAUAAGCCGAAAGGAGGGUUGAAGCUGGUUGUUAAGCUCUGGAAGUGUAGCAGAGUGCUGGUGAACAGCAGAAUAGGACUUCUUUCCCAAUCUUCUCUGUUGUGUCAAUGCACUAGUGGUACUGGUCACGUGAAAUAUUGUUGCUAGUGACAUUAAGAUUGGUCAAAAGAGCUUACCAGUUGCAGUAUCAAUUGUAAUAGCUAUUGUGAUCAAUAAAUAAAAUGUUUCACUAUGAUAAUCAUCCAUUACUUAACUUAGUUCGCCCACAAUUAUCGAACUGGUUGGAUCUGUUUGCACUGGGUUGGCAACAGGACAUUUUCUAGCAGUCAUAUUUCUCUAUGAUGCCUGAACAA